CAACAGUGAGAGGCCCGCGUACCGAAAAAAAAGAAAAAAAGAAAUAUUGGUGAUCUUGUUACAGCACCACAUAACACAGAAAGAAAGAGAUGGUACAAAACCCUAUGGGAGUUCCAAGUACCAAGUGAACAGUUCUGUCCGGGGAUCCAGAUCAUCACAGAAGACUCGAUGUUUGAGCUGAGCCCAAAGAGAUUAAUAGAAUUCAGCCAGGAGAAAGGAGAAAUUCCAAGCCAGGGAACAUCUCCAGCAUGCCUCCAGGUGAAUAAGUGCUUUAAGUAUCAUUCUGCCGUCUUUACCCGUCACUUUGACCACAUCAUCCAUCCGUUUAUUAUCUCUUCAUUCCACAAAUAUUUAUUUGCAGCAGAAACUCCUCCAGGUACUGCGGAUACAGCAGAGAGCACGGAGCUCGCGUUGUAGCCUGCCCUCCCCCACCCAGAUACAUCAGGCCUCUCACCCCACUCUCUACUCCUAAGCUCUGUACCCAGCUGUGCUCAUCUUUUUCUUCAGCUGCCCUGUAUCCCAAGCUCACUUCUUCAUGGUACUUCCCUGAUCCCGAACGAUCCGAUUAUGCAUGGUCUCACCUUGCUUAUUUAGCUGUUUAAUUUGUUUUUUAAUCACCCAUUGUUUCUCCUAAUGCUCAAAUCUCCCUCAUUUGACAAUCCUGCUGUUUUCUCUUUAAAACCAUAAACACCUCAAGAUUAAUGAUCACGUUGGACUUGGUGUGUAUGGGACUAAAUAAGGCAUUAGUGCUGGAAAUACACAUUCAAUUUGAUGAAAUAAUAGAUGUCUUCUUUCUGAAGACUUUCAAAAUAUAAAGAAUCUCUAGAAUGAGUCUCAAAAGCAGUAGAGGAAAGGUGUGCUGUCUUUGGAAUCAUCUAAACUUGGGUUUGAGUUCCUACCGUACAACUGACUCACCAUGUGGUCUGGAGCGAUUACUUACCCUUUGUGAGCCUCAUCUGUCAUCAUUUGAUAACUAAGGGUAUUGGGAUCCAGCUUGCAGAGCUGCUAUAAUAGCAAUGAUAUGUGUGUCCAGUUCCUGGCACAUAAUAGGUGAUCAAUAACUAGUAGCUCUUUGCAGAUGACACUCAAAUCUGUAAGAAGCUCUGGAAGAAAAAGAUCAGGUAGGAGAGGAGAAGAAAAUUCCAGGCUGGUGGAAUGAAAUUUAUCUAGAAGUUGCAGUUACCUCUACUGUACCUACCGUUCAUUCUUCUGAACAAUGAGCAGGUUGCUAGCCCAGGGAAGCCCGACUGCCCUCUGCGUAGGUUCUGCCUGUGAUGACUCACGUGGGGGGCUCGCACCUGUAGGAGCAGAGCCCUCGAUAUGGAGAACUUCAAAACCGAAGUGAACAUCGCCCCCGGAGCCAAGGUGCAGUUUGAACUUCAUUACCAGGAAGUGAAGUGGAGGAAGCUGGGGUCCUACGAGCACAGGCUCCACCUGCAGCCAGGACGACUGGCCAAGCACCUGGAGGUAGAUGUGUGGAUUAUUGAACCUCAGGGAAUGAGAUUUCUUCAUGUUCUGGACACAUUUGAUGGGCAUUUUGAUGGAGUUCCCGUCGUAUCUAAAGGACACCAGAAGGCACACAUCACCUUCAAGCCCACGGUAGCACAACAAAGAAAAUGUUCCAACUGCUCUGAGACUGCGGUAGAUGGUGAGCUCGUGGUGAUGUAUGAUGUGAACAGAGAGGAGAAAGUCGGUGAGCUUCAGGUAUUUAAUGGAUAUUUUGUCCACUUCUUUGCUCCUGAGAACAUGGACCCAAUUCCCAAAAACAUCCUCUUUGUCAUCGACGUUAGUGGCUCAAUGUGGGGAAUAAAAAUGAAACAGACAGUGGAAGCGAUGAAGACCAUAUUGGAUGAUCUACGCACUGAAGACCAUUUCUCCAUGGUUGAUUUCAACCACAAUGUUCGAACCUGGAGAAACGAUUUAGUCUCAGCUACUAAAACACAGAUUGCAGAUGCCAAGAAUUACAUUCACAAAAUCCAGCCCAGUGGAGGGACGAAUAUCAACGAAGCACUGCUGCGGGCCAUCUUUAUUUUGAAUGAAGCCAAUAACUUGGGACUGUUGGACCCCAACGCGGUCUCGCUGAUCAUUUUGGUGUCUGACGGCGAUCCGACAGUAGGGGAAUUGAAAUUGUCAAAAAUUCAGAAAAACGUGAAGCAGAACAUACGAGAAAACAUCUCCUUGUUCAGUUUGGGGAUAGGAUUUGAUGUUGACUAUGAUUUUUUGAAGAGACUCUCCAACGAAAACCGUGGGAUUGCGCAAAGGAUUUAUGGAAACCAGGACACUUCUGCCCAGCUCAAGAAAUUCUACAACCAGGUCUCGACUCCCUUGCUCCGGAAUGUUCAGUUCAACUAUCCCCAAACACCAGUAACAGAUGUCACUCAAAACAGUUUCCAUAACUAUUUUGGAGGCUCAGAGAUCGUGGUGGCAGGAAAAGUUGACCCUGAUAAAUUGGAGCAGUUACAGGGUAUUAUCACUGCAACUUCGGCUAAUGCAGAGUUAGUCUUGGAAACCCUGGCCGAGAUGGAUGGCUUGGAGGAUUUUCUAUCCAAAGACAAGCAUGCAGAUCCUGAUUUCACCAAGAAAUUGUGGGCCUAUCUGACUAUCAACCAACUUCUGGCUGAACGGAGCCUGGCUCCUACAGCUGCUGUGAAAAGGAAAAUUACAAAAACAAUCCUGCAGAUGUCUCUGGAUCACCAUAUAGUGACCCCCCUCACAUCCUUGGUGAUUGAGAGUGAUGCCGGGGAUGAACGCAUGCUGGCAGACUCCCCUCCACAAGACCAUUCUUGUUGUUCAGGUGCCCUGUAUUAUGGCAACAGAGUUGCUCCAAAUUCAUUCCCACCUUGGGUGAACCCUUCACCGACACCAAUGGUCCCAAUGCCCGCGGUUGGUGCUCCAGUGCUUGAGACAACGCCUCCUCCACACGUGAUGAGAGUUGAAAAUGACCCACACUUCGUCAUCUACCUACCAAAAAGCCAAAAGAAUAUUUGUUUCAAUAUUGACUCAGAACCUGGAAAAAUCCUCAACCUUGUUUCUGAUCCAGAAUUAGGGAUUUUGGUCAAUGGACAGCUCAUCGGUGCCAAGAAGCCCAAGAAUGAAAAACUAAGCACCUAUUUUGGGAAACUGGGAUUUUAUUUCCAACGUGAGGACAUGAAAAUAGAAAUCAGCACCGAGACCAUCUCCCUGAGCGGGGGCUCUCGAACAUCUGUCUUGUCCUGGUCCGACACGGCCCACGUCCUUAACCAGAGGGUGCUUGUCUCGGUGAAGAAAGAGAAAACUGUGACUAUCACCCUGGAUAAAGAGAUGUCCUUCUCUGUUUUACUUCAUCGCGUUUGGAAGAAGCAUCCGAUCAAUGUCGACUUUUUGGGGAUCUACAUCCCCCCCACAAACAAGUUUUCUCUUAAUGUACACGGGUUGAUAGGCCAGUUCAUGUAUGAGCCAAAGAUACAUAUCUUCAAUGAGCGACCAGGAAAGGACCCUGAGAAGCCAGAGGCAAACAUGGACGUGAAGGGACAAAAGCUGAUUGUCACCAGAGGCCUGCAAAAGGACUACCGGACAGACAGAGUGUUUGGGACCAACGUUCCUUGUUGGUUUGUGCACAACAGUGGGAAAGGCUUCAUCGACGGACAUUACAAGGAUUACUUUGUGCCUCAGCUCUACAGCUUUCUCAAAUGGCCUUGAAAAGUUUAUAGUUGGGGAAAUUCUAUGUAUAAAUAUACAUUUUUUCCCUGCCACCUU